AUGGCGACGCCGGCAGUUAUCAUUGCGGAUGAAAUACAGCCAGUCAAACGCGAGAGGUUGGCUGGGGCUGGUGGUGUCUACAAUGCGCGCAGCUUGUCGCGAAGCCGUGUGCCUGGCGAUGGCCGGAGUGCCUCCCGCAGCUCCAAUGAGCGUAGCGAGCAAACUGGCGACUUCGAGGAUGGGGACGGUUGGCAGCGUGAUGACGGGCGGAAGAAGCAGGUGUUCAAGGGAACUACGUUGCUUUGGCUGGCGUAUCAGUCGACUGGUGUCAUCUACGGUGACAUCGGGACAAGCCCCCUUUACGUGUACUCAUCCACGUUCACGGAAGAACCCAACUAUAACGAUGUCCUUCAAGUGCUCUCGCUCAUCAUUUGGUCGCUGACCAUCAUGGUGACGCUGAAAUAUGUGGGCAUUGUUCUAAGAGCUGACAAUGAGGGCGAGGGCGGCACGUUCAGCUGUUACUCUUUGCUCACUCGAUAUGCCAAUAUCACUGAGCGCGAUCCUCGCGAGGCACAAUUGAUCAAGAUGGAACGCCAUAAGACCCAGGACCUACACCGCCCCAACCAAACGAUUCGCUCCAGGAUCGAGAAGAGUAAAUUUACACGUGGUCUGCUUAAAGUUGUCGGUGUCCUCGCAGUGUCCAUGGUCAUGGCCGAUGGUGUCCUCACACCAGCCCAGUCUGUCCUCGGAGCUGUUCAGGGUCUCAUCGUCGUCAAGCCAGACAUCUCUAGCCAGACAGUUGUUGGUGCGACAUGCGGCAUCCUGGUGGCCCUCUUCCUCAUCCAACCCCUGGGGACAACCAAGCUCGCCAACACGUUCGCUCCCAUCGUCAUCUUAUGGCUCGCGUUCAACGCAGCCUUCGGCAUCUACAACCUGGCCAACUUUGACCACUCGGUGCUGAAGGCGUUUUCGCCAUACUACGCCAUCCACUUCUUCAUGGAGAAGAAAACUCAUGGGUGGCGGAUGCUAGGCGGUGUGCUGUUGGCGUUCACCGGAGUCGAGGCGCUCUUUGCGGAUCUCGGCGCAUUCAGCAUGAGGGCCAUUCAAAUUAGCUGGAUGUGUUACUGUUACCCUUGCCUGUUGCUUGCGUACAUUGGUCAGGCGGCGUACAUCAGCGCUCAUCCAGACGCGUAUUCCAACCCGUUUUUUAACUCUGUUCCGCCAGGCAUGCUUUACCCGAGUCUGAUCGUGGCUGUUCUUGCCGCCAUUGUCGCUUCGCAGGCUAUCAUCACGGCUACUUUCCAGCUCAUUAGUCAGAUCAUGAAGCUCUCGUACUGCCCGCAGGUCAAGAUUGUGCAUACAUCAAAGACAUUUCAUGGUCAACUUUACGUUCCGUUCUUGAACUGGUUGCUCAUGCUGGGAACUAUCCUGGUGACUUGUGUCUAUUCCAACACGACACGACUCGGUAACGCAUAUGGGGUCUGCGUCAUGUUCGUGACCUUCUUCGACACCUGCAUGGUAACUCUAGUAUCCCUCCUAGUCUGGCGCCUCUCGCCCUUCCUCGUCUUCAUCCCCUGGCUCUUCUUCGCCACCGUUGACGGCUUGUACCUCUCCUCCUCACUAGUCAAAGUCCCCGACGGCGCGUGGUUCACCCUCACCAUCUCCGGUAUCCUUGCCUGCGUCUUCCUGCUCUGGCGCUUCGGCAAGGAGAACCAGUGGCGCGCCGAGGCUGAGGAUCGUUUCCGCCCUUCAUCUCUCAUCACCAAGGAUCCUGACGGCAAGGCAUGCCUCACAGAGCGCUGGGGCGGUGGGGCUCUUAGUAGUAUCAGGGGCCUGGGCAUCUACUUUGACAAGACGGGCGUCUUGACCCCGACUGUUUUCACACAAUUUGUUAGUAAGUUUGGGGCCAUUCCCGAAGUCAUGGUGUUCUUCCACCUGCACCCCGUCGAGGCGCCCAGCGUCGCCGGCGAUGAGCGGUAUGUGAUUUCGAGGCUUGGCGCCAUUCCGGGGUGUUACCGUCUAACCGUCCGCCACGGCUUCAUGGACGAGGUCAUCUCACCUGACCUUGCGGCGCUGAUAUACGCGCAAGUGCGCAAGUUCAUCAUUCGCCAGGCGGGUGGACACCCUCUGCCCGAGGACGUCGACGUCGACGAAAAUAACAACGUGUCGCUAUCCACGAGCUUCGACCGCGCCCUAAAGGACCGCAUCACGUUGACUGCCAGCGCCAAGUUCAGCGGGGAUGUCGACUACACCGGUUAUGAAACCGGCCAUAGUGACGCGGAAAAGGGAAAUGAUCACGGGCCACCAGAGCUGCGCGACAAGGUCGUUCGCGCCGAACUGGCAAGGUUGGACCGCUCGUAUGCGAGCAAAGUUAUGUAUGUCAUCGGCAAGGAGCAGAUGAAGAUUAAGCCAGGGACGCACAUCUUCCGGCGCAUUGUGCUGACGACUUUCUUGUGGAUUCGGGAGAAUACGAGGGCGAAGAUUGCGAACUUGAGAUUGGCUAUGGAUAGGGUGGUUGAGGUCGGGUUCGUGAAGGAUAUAUGA